UGAAAUAGUGACAGGUAUUUUAGCUUAGUCCACUUUCAAUCAACCAUUUGGCAUUUAGCUUUGACAGAUGAUAGAAAACCACCAUUUUAUUCAGCAUUGUGAACAGUCAUGAUCAGGCUACCAUCACUGUGCAGAAAUUCGAUAGUUUUCCCACCUUUCAAGCGGUUAUUUUCUUCAUCGUGUGACAAGGACAACAUUGCUGCAAAAUAUCCAAUAGUAAACCACCAAUACGACUGCGUUGUGGUGGGCGCUGGCGGAGCUGGCUUACGAGCUACGUAUGGCUUGGUGAAACACGGCUUCAACACGGCUUGCCUUACGAAACUCUUUCCAACGAGGUCCCAUACCGUUGCUGCACAAGGAGGAAUCAAUGCUGCAUUAAGUCAUGCUGAAGAUGACUGCUGGUUGUUUCAUCAUUACGAUACUGUGAAAGGUUCGGACUGGCUUGGUGAUCAAAACGCUAUCCAUUUCAUGACUAAGGACGCACCAAGAGCGAUUUUGGAGUUAGAAAACAUAGGUGUACCGUUUUCCAGGUUUGAAGACGGAAAAAUCUACCAAAGAGCAUUUGGAGGCCAAAGCCUUAAAUUUGGCGAAGGAGGAAUAGCUCAUCGAACAAAUGCUGCAGCAGAUGGAACAGGACAUUACAUGCUCCACGCUCUUUAUGGACAAGCUGUCAAAUACAACUGCAAAUUCUUCAUUGAAUACUUCGUCUUGGAUCUAUUGAUGAAAGAAGAUAAACCGGUAGGUGUGAUAGCUUGGAACUUAGAAGAUGGGACCAUUCACAGGUUCUUCGCAAAUAAUGUAGUUAUAGCCACUGGAGGAUAUGAAAGAACGUAUUUCUCUUGUACAGCAGCACAUACUUCAACAGGAGAUGGAACUGCUAUGGUCACCAGAGCUGGACUUCCUCUACAAGAUGUUGAGUUCAUGCAGUUUCAUCCUACAGGUGUGUAUGGAGCAGGUGUUUUGAUCACGGAAGGGGCUCGAGGUGAAGGAGGAUAUAUCCUCAACAAUAAAGGUGAGAGAUUCAUGGAGAAAUAUGCACCAAAAGCGAAAGAUCUGGCUUCCAGGGAUGUAGUAUCUCGGAGUGAAACGAUAGAAAUAAUGGAAGGUAGAGGAUGUGGUCCAGAUGGGGAGUAUGUCCAUCUGCAGCUCAGCCAUUUGCCCAAAGAAGUGAUAAUCAAGAAACUACCAGGUAUUAGACAGUCAGCUGCGGAUUUUGCGGGAGUUGACAUUUUAAAGGAACCCAUUCCUAUAAUACCAACAUUACACUAUUGUAUGGGAGGCAUACCAACUAACUACAAAGGGCAAGUAAUCACGCAGGUGGCACCAGGUAAGGACCAAGUUGUUCCUGGUCUGUACGCCUGUGGUGAAGCAGCUUGUGUCUCUGUCCAUGGUGCUAACAGAUUGGGAGCUAAUUCCUUAUUGGAAACUGUAGUUUUUGGUAAAGCUGUAGCUGACACUAUCGCAAACACAAGCGUUCCAGGUGAACCAGUUGAGAUGGACGAAUGCUUAGGAAUGGUUACGUUGGAGAACUUUGAUAAAUUGAGGCACCAAGACGGUAGACAGAGCGUUGGACAGUUGAGACUAAAGCUGCAGAAGACUAUGCAAAAGCACGCUGCUGUUUUCAGAAUCCAAGAUUUGUUAGCGGAGGGUUGCACGAUUGUAAGUGACCUUUAUUGCGAGAUGGGCGAAGUGAAGGUUACCGACAGAGGGCUUAUUUGGAACAGUGAUCUACUAGAAGCUCUGGAGCUGCAGAAUCUAUUGGUAAACUCUGUCCAAAGCAUCUACGCGAUGGAACAGAGGAAAGAAUCACGAGGUGCCCAUGCAAGAGAUGACUUCAAGAGUCGUAUUGAUGAAUACGAUUAUUCCAAACCCAUAAGAGGCCAAAGAAGGAAGACAUUUGAUGAACAUUGGAGGAAACAUACAUUAUCUUGGAUGGAUGUGGAGACGGGAGAAGUGUGUUUCACUUUUAGGUCGGUUAUAGAUUGUACGUUAGAUGAGGAUGAAUGCCCAAGUGUCCCGCCAAAGAUCAGAACGUACUGAACUGACCGUUUGUACUUCAAAUAAACAAUUUAUCAAAAUUAGUUUGCUUCAGUUUACUCCUCUAAGGUAUUCUAGGAAAUCAAACUACUUUUCACACUUAUAUCGCUUUACGUUUCGUCAAGGUUUUUAAGAAUAAAAAUAGUCAAUUAUA